AUGGAUCAGGAAGAACUACUGAUUGGGUCUCUAGGAAGAGGAAAGGAAACGGGGGUUUCUGUGAAGGAGGUGGCAUGGUGGGUUCAGAGGGAGGAGACUACCCAGAUUGUCUAUAAGUUGACCCCAGCUGCUUUUGAGAAACACUCUGGACGAGAGACUGCUAGAAAAUGGAAGAGCAAUGUGUGGGUCAUCGUCAAUAGGGAAAAGGUUCCUCUGUCAAAGACAGUGCUGCUUAAAUAUCACAACAAAGCAUCAAAAGUUUCAAAGAGUUCUCACAAGUCUCACAAUGGAAGACCUUGUCAUCGGGAUGAGUUUGUUCGCUGUUCAAGGUGUAAUAAAGAGCGCAGGUUUCGUCUCCGGACAAAAGAGGAAUGCCGGAUUCACCACGAUGCUUUGGCUGAUCUUAACUGGAAAUGUGCUGACCUGCCAUAUGACAAAAUAACGUGUGAUGAUGAGGAAGAGCGUGCAAGCCGUAAGGUGUACAGGGGUUGCUCUCGUUCUCCUACUUGCAAGGGGUGCACCUCUUGCGUGUGCUUUGGUUGUGACAUCUGUCGAUUCUCUGAUUGCAACUGUCAGACCUGCAUCGAUUUCACUCGGAAUGCUGAAACUUAGUUUCCUAACCCAAAUGUGUUAGGCAAGGUAUUCCUUGUUUUUGGUGGGCACUUCACAUUUUUUUGCCCUCAUGAGGAGCCCCCACCCCUUAUUACAGAGAACUUCAGCUUUCCUAUGUCUACUUGAAGUACCAAGCAGGGGGUUCAGUUUUUGUUGUUCCCAACGGCUGCUUUUGAACUUGCAGUUUCAUUAAUUAUUCUACCAUUAGAAAUCUAUUGUUGGUAACUUGAUGAUAUUCCCUAUUCUUUUGAAGGAAGACAUCAUAGAGGAAAA